UGUUGCUGGUUUCGGAUAAACGGAAAGGUUGCCCUCGCAUUUGAAUAAUAAAUGUGUAUCUAAAUGCAAAUAUUAGAAAUCAGUCCGUUAAAUCGUCGCAGAACAACACGUUAUACAAAAGGCUGGCAAGCAGUCGACCCACAAAAACCCACAAUUCAAAUUCUGAAUGAAUAAAUGAAUCAAUCGAAUCGAAUGAAUCGAAAUCUGGGCAAUGUCUGAUUGGCAUCAAUCCUCGUAAUGGGUAAUCGCAUCACACAUAGAUCCUCAGCUGGAGUUGGCGUCGUGGAAAGUGGAUCUCAGUUUAAUACGCGUCGUCGUUAUCAGCAGCACAAGCGUGACUAUUGCCUCCAAGACGACUAUCGCUCCAAGACGCUGCCAGCACGCUGCCAUCAGCAGCCCAACGAUUCUGUGGAUAGCCAGCAAUCCGCCCCCCUCGGCUCCAGCAGCUGCCUGGGCACCUCAGGCAGUUCACCACCUAAUGGAGGCGAGACUUCGCGAAUGCUGUUUCUGCUCUACUUAAUACACCGCACCUGGAACGUCGUCAUGGAUACGAUGGACACACGCACCAAAAGUCGCUCUACGCCCCAAAAAGUGUCCAACGUGGAAAUGGAGCAGCGACAACGGAGACUGGACGAGGAGUGUUCGAUUGGAAUCACUGAUUUGGAUGCCUCCUCGUAUUGUUCGCAGUAUUCGUGCUGCAGCUGCAGCUACUGCUACGAGGAGGCCGUGGAUAAUCGCACCAAUGCCUGCAGCUCGAAUGCGGAUGAAUAUUCAGUCGACUCAAUUUACGAGCGUGCCAAAUCAAUUACAGACAGUGACAGCUCGACGCUGCAGCGCCACCUACCGCCGAGUAGUCGCCAACGCGCUGAAAUGGCGCCCAGCGUGUGCCAAACAUCGCCCAAAUUGCCGUCACACAGUGCGGCAACAGUGGGCGUCGCUUCGGGUCCGGGUCAGGCUUCGGUGCAGCCCGGCUCCAGUGUCUCGGGCACGAAUAAGUGUGGUGCGAGCAGUUUGAAUGGUUCGUUGGCUUCCUAUAAGAUGGCCGGUUCGGAGCAGAGUUGGCCACAGGCACCCGUUUAUAGCAAAGAGAAUCAACGACCACCCGUCUACAAUCCCGAAGAUUAUGUGCUCUCGCUGCGCAAGUUCACCAAAGGCAGCGGAUCGGCCAAAGUGCAUUCAAUCUACGAUGUGAAUAUCAAUGGUGUCACUACCAGCACCAAGGAAGAUGUCUACAAAUCCGCCACACUGCCAGCCAAACACUCUGGCUACAAAAGUCCAAUUGCGGCGCCGCCUGAGAGCGACAGUGAGAUGACCCUUCGACAAUUUGGUUCCAUAACCGAUCUAUUAACCAAACUGCGUGCCGAUCUUCGUGUAUCCUUUCCCAGCUUUGUGCAGGAAUUUGUGGCCACACCCUCGGAUGGCAUCAGCCAUCUGCUGGAGGUGCUUCGAGCCAUACAAAUGGCCCAGGCAAGCAAUGCACCCGCUCCAAUGGCGGCGGGCACCAAUUCUCUGGCAAUGUCCAGGAAUCCGCAGAGCUAUCAGCGACGUGCCCUGCUCGACGAGCUCUCCUGCCUACAAUGUCUGAGCAUUUGCUGUUCCCGCUCUUUGGAUGCCAUAGCCCGUCUAGGCAAUACACCAGUGGGCCUGAUGCCGCUCGCCUCUUCGGCAACUGGCCAGGGUAUACGUGGUCGCAUCCUGGCGCUGCAGCUACUCGCCUCCGCCUGUGAUCGACAGCCAUUUGGCCAAGGGAAUGGCAGCCAGAAGAUAAGUGCUGCUGGUCACACAGCCGUCUCGGAGGCGAUGUCCACGCUGAGAUUGCGCUGCAGUGAACCGGUUCGCUUCCGACUGCUCAUUGGCAUCCUCAACAGCGGGGGCGGUUCCGGGGAACUGCAAUGCGCUGGCAUUAAAUUCCUGAACACUUUCAUUGAGAGCGCCGUCAGUUUGCAGCAGCGUCUCUACAUCCAAGCGGAGCUCUGUCAGGCUGGCCUGGAGACCAGCACACUAGCCCGCACCAUAUCCUCCUCCUCGCCGUGGCUGGACGCAUUGCGCAGCGAGAUCAAGCGAUUCAAUGAGCUGCACAUCGAUGUGGACAAGAUGAUGGCCCAGGCCCGUGAUGCGGAUCGGGUGCGCAGUCAAAUGGUCAUCCUGGAGCGGAGAGUGCAGAUCUUACACGAGGAGAAGACCGUGCUCACAUCGAUGGAGCGACGCCUGCAAGAGCGAUGUGCAGAGCUGCAAAGGGAAAUCUUUCGCUUGCAGGGUGCACAGGAGUCCAACUUCAAGCCAGUCGAAGCACAUCAGCCUGUCGCUUUGCCGCGUCAGGUGCCACCCACAUCGAAAACUGCGGGGGGCAGUAAACAAAGCUGUUCGGAGCACGAAGACGAGGGCAUCAGUAGCUCCGAAACGGGUGCCUCCCUCAGUCCCGUGCCCAUUCUUGUGCUGCCCACCAAGUCUAAGCAUCACAAGCAGUCGCGCAAGGUGACCACACCUCACCGAGGCAAUAAUGAUGACGAUGAUGCAGCCACCAUCGAGGAUGUCAUCGGGGAACUGGACAACAUUGUUAGCGAGGCGGAGAAACAGAUCUCGAGCCAGGCAGCAGCAUCAGUCAAGCAGGGGAAACAGCUACGUCUGGCCGUGGAACAGGAACAGGACAUUGUGCCCGUUAACAUUGUGCCUCAGCCACCGCGCAAAUCCCGAUCCUUGGCUCACCUUGUACCACGCACGGACUGCUCCGAGCAGGAUGCCACACAAUAUGGCAUGCCGGGCGAUGCAGCGGCCGUUGAGCGUCUGGCUGCGAUGCACACCUUCUUCGACGAGGUGGAUUACGAUGCGCCGUGCAACACGGAGCAAUCCUUCGUCAUGGACGCACCACCCUCAUCCGACAUGCCCGAAGCGGAGGCGAAUGCCACGGCCACAGCCUAUAAUGCGAGCACCAAUCGGGAGCUGCUCGAUGUCAUAAUGAAUGCGCGGCACGACGAUCACGAUCCCACCAUGCUGGCACUGAGGAACAACAGCGCGCAGGAUUGCCAGCAAUUGGAACGACCAUCCGGCAAGCCACCAGCACCAGCGCCACCAGCUCAGCAUUUCAACGGUGUCUUCUUUAUGACCGGCAUGAAUACCCCCCAAAAGUAUCCCAAGCCAGAUCUCACAGCGGCCAUCCAGGCACGCCGAGUGACCAAGAAUGUGGAGCGUCUGGAGGCGGCCUUUGCCUCCAGCCACGAUGCUCACACUCCCAACGAUCCCGGCAUGGUUCGUGAGAAGUCGCGCAGCAAUCAACAGAUCUAUUUCAGCAGCAAUCCGACAAUAAGAAUGAACGACUAUCCAGCUCUGGGUCAACUUGGUGGCAAUAUAUCCGCACGCACGAGAUCCUAUACACAGGGUUCCAAGGUUACAGAUCUACCCUCUGGCUUAUAUUAGGAAAAGGACUAAUCGUACUCCGCCUCCUGUGCGCAAUACAAACAACCAACUCUAUCUAUAAGUACAUCUAUAUCAGCUCCUGCAUUAAAUCGAAAUAUAUUUUAAGAUAAGUAAGAAGAUAGAGUAUUGCCUAGCAUAGAUUUGGUGGCAGCUUCAAUCGGGUCCCCUAAGCAUAAGUCUCGGAUUAAUCAUUUAUUAUCUGUGUGUUUAAAUUGAUAUCAUAUUUAUAUAUUCUUUAUUUGCGAUUACAAAUAAAUAAUUUAGUUGACAUGGUAAACAAAAGUUACGUCAAGCUCAUUAAUAUUUGAAUUUGCAAUGGUUUUUCAAAA